UCAAAUUCUUCAACUUCUAACUUCAAACCUUUCUUCCAAAGUUCUAAAUUUGAUACUACACUACAAAUUAAAAACAAUCUUUGUAAAUUUUCAUUCUUUAUUGCAUCAAUAUAAUAUGACAACCAUGAAAAGAAGCAGAGAAGACAAUAUGCAAAUUGAAGCAGAGGUCAUGGCUAAUUGCGCCUUAAUGCUUUUGUCCAGUUUCAACAAUACUUGUACAUCAUCAGAUCAUCUUCACAUUAAUGAUUUUGAAUGCAAGACUUGUAAUAAACGCUUCCCGUCUUUCCAAGCCUUAGGUGGUCACCGUGCUAGUCAUAAUAAACGAUCAAGAUUACUCGGAGAGUUUCUUGUGAAAACCAACAAAAAGAAUAAGAUGCAUAAAUGCUCUGUUUGUGGUAUGGAGUUCUCUUUGGGUCAAGCAUUAGGCGGACAUAUGAGACGUCACCGCAAUGAAAUUAAUAAAACAUCGACGAUGAUACCAAUGUUGAAGAAGUCAAAUAGCAGCAAGAGGAUUUUUUGUUUGGACUUAAACUUAACCCCUCGUGAUGAUAAUGUUGAUUUCAAGUUAUGGCCAACAACACCAAUUGCAUCGCCUGUUUUGCGAUGCUUUUAAUAAGUCCCUUUCCAAUGCUUUCCUUUUAGAAUUAGGAAAAUUGUUACCAAUUUGUUAAUUCUUUUUGUAUUCUUCCAAAAUUCCAUUGAUUCUGUUUAUCUACGAUGAAUUAGGUAAUUUAUGUUCGUAAUAUGAUAUGAUUUGAUUUUAUCAUGAAUAGAUCAGGUUAAAUCAGA